AUGUGGAGCGUCUACACAAAGCAGUUCGAGCCCGGAGCGUGGGUCGUGCUGGUGUUCCUCAUUCUGAGCCUUGUGCUGAGUUUGUUCGUCGUGUCUUGGUGGUCGAUUCAUGAAGUCAAGCUUUCGAUCAGUGAUUCUGCCUUGGCUGUUGUUGGUGCUCUCCUUUCCCAAGGUUCGCCGCUCAACUUUCAAACGGCAGCGGGACGGACAGUGGUGCUGACGACGCUGUUCCUGCAAGUGCUGACUCUGGCCUUCUACACCAGCAACUUAGUCUCGGCUCUGGCUGCGGGGCCUCCCUUGCCGGUCUUCAAGAAUCUCCAGGAUAUACACAAUGAAAAAUCCUUCACCUUCGGCUUCCUCAGAAGUUCCUCGAACGCCAACGACUUUCGGCUGAAGGACGAAGACCUCGUGGCCAGCUACACCGUCGGGAUGGAGAGGGUGUUGCGGGAGAAAUACGCUCUGCUCAUUUCGGAAGUUUUUUAUGCGUUGAACUUCGGGCGCCACUGCAAGGUCUUCAUGCUUCCCGCCGUGUACUUCCCAAACUACCUCUCCUUCGCUCUGCCAAAGGACUCUCCGCUCGUUCCCAUCCUCAAUAAAGUAGUCGUGGACAUCCUCUCUGCCGGACUGAUGAGGAAGUGGUGGCUGGAGACCUACGACAGUAACACGAAAUGCAACCUCCUCGAAACGGCGCCCAUCGAGCUGAAGACUGUCCUCACGCCCUUCCUCCUCCUGGGCCUGAGUAUCCUGCUGGUGCUCGGGGUCUUGGCUGGCGAGCUGGUCGUUUCCAGGCGGGCCCUCGCGAAAGACCUCGUCAACCGUCAAAAGUCGGUCGUGAUGCAUUUUAACUUCCCCAUCAACCCCGCCCUCGCACCUAUCCUCACGCUAUGGACAACCGUCUCCUCGACGUAA